AUGACCAAGUAUAGUGUUGUGCCUGCAGGAUUGGACCCAGUGUUCAUGCAUAAUGAUGAGACCUUCAGAACUUACGUUCAGGCCAAUGUUAGUUUGGCCACCUUGCAGGGCAAUGAAUUUGCCUGUACAGUGUGGGGCUAUUCCUGUGUUGCCCGACCCUACAUGAAGCUGAACGACACCAACUCACUGCUGGUCAUCUCAAUGUACCAAGAUCUCUCAACACCUGGAAUCUACGGACCCGGAGACGUCACCAUCACGUUGACCAUCAACACUGGCCAGACAACCAACAUUGUCGUACCCUCUCCAUUCAUCUACAACUAUAGCAGAACACUCAAGUCCGACAGAUAUAUAUUAUCCAACAAUACUGGCCAGUCUAUGUAUACCUUUGACUUUGCCCUCAUCUCCCUAUCAUCCACAUUGACCGACUACUUCUACCUACCCCCCAACUCUUAUGGAGGCAACGAAAGACGAAGCACCAAGCCCGUCCUUGGAUCUCCGAAUCAAUAUACUACCUCCAUCAUGCUUGGCUGGUCAAUGUCCAACCGAGAGACUAUCCUGUACGAGUCCUUUGGCAAUGGCAACACUGUAGGAAGCUUUACUAUUGCAAUGAAUACUCAACAACCUGCUAAAGUACUCCUAACAACAUACGCAUCAUCGGACACUAGCUUCUUCUCUUUCAAGGGCGAGUUCUCCCUGGACUGGUAUAGUGAGUGCCAUUAUGAUCUUAGCCAAGGAAUCAAUUAUGAUGACAUGAUCUACCCAUUUGGAGUGCGAUCACUCAUUGAACCAUCGGUCCAAAUGAGCAUGACAUUCUUGGCCAGCACUUACAUGUGGUAUUCACCAUCACAGGCCACUAUUAUGUGUGGCAACGCUCAAGCACAACAAUUUGAAUUCAUCUACGGCUUGAACUUCACCGACGUUCAGGCCCCCGAGGUGCUCAACAUCGCCUUCCAAAAGAUCAACGAGACAACCUACCAUAUUCACGCCGAGAUCACUGAUUUCCUCAGUGGCUUCUUCCAGAUGACACUAUUCUUGUCAACUGGCGACUACUUGGUGAUCAACAAGAACAACCUGGUGGUGGGCGAUGCCAAACAUGGCUACUACCAACAACUAUUCAUGGUCAGAUCAUCAUGGGACGACAGAAUGUACUCAAUUAUCUCAAUAAUGGACAAUACUCACAAUGUCAUGAACAUUGACAAUGGAGGUGAUUAUGUUGGAAACUCUGUUCCAGCUCGUGCCCUGACAUCAAUGUGGGAGGUUGAUAUCGAUGAUAUUACUGACUUCCACUUUGACAAGUAUGUGAUGGAUGUAAGCACGAGCAGCAUGAACAACACAUUGUACUUCCGCUCGACCAAGAUCAAUCGCAACUUCAUCAUCAGCUUCACUUAUGGCCAUCCAGAAGAGAAUCCUUUCUAUCAAUCAUUCGGUGGAUACGAUGUGAUAUUGGGUCAGUUUGUAAUCCCAUUCACUGUUCCAGCCAGGACAUACACUCGUGAGCUUGAGUACUACAUCAAGAUUCAACCUACCAACAUCAAUGGAUAUUCUAACUCUCUGAAGCUCGGUCCUUGGGUUACCAUGGGUGUGUCCAUCAUCGAUUGUGCCGUGCUCAAAGCACGAUUCACAAGCGCCGCCGUAGUCAAUGUCACCUCUACAAAUGCUGAUGAGUUCCCUCCAAUGGUUAGGUACAUCUCGGCUUUUCCAGGUACAUCAAUAAUGCCAUCAGCUGACAUGACGACGAUUGGUUGGAACCUCACGAUUGAGGACCAACUCAAUGGAUUCGAACGUGGACAUAUCAAUGUCUCCAACUCAGCUGAUGGUUCAGUCCGUCAAUUUAACUUCAAACUGAGUGAUCGACUACCAGGCUCCAACGCCACGAUUGGAGUCUAUGUUAUCGGAUUCCAAGUUAGCAGAUACUCAAAGAGAUCAUCCUACACCAUUCGCGAUAUGCAACUCAUUGAUUCAUCCGGGAACACUGCCACGUUCACCAAGGGUACUGGUCAGGUCACAAUGACCAUCUCACCAAUGACAUACUUCGAGAGGAAUGACUUUACACCAUAUACAAUCCAAUUUAACUCAAAUCCAAUCGACACUGAUCCCCCAAAUUUGACGGAUCUGAAGGUUGUUACUCCAACAGUCAAUGUUGGAUCAUUCAACAGAUUUGUACGAGUUCGUUUCUCAAUCAAUGAGACUGGCGGCUACGACUUUACCAAGAUGCCUUGUGUCUACUUGACCGGUCAAGUGUUUGAGUUGAUCAAAUUGACAACAUCAUACUUUGGCGUGGAGAAUGGCACCAACCAACUAUUGUUCGAUGCCUGGGUAACCCUACCCUAUGGAUUCGGUGCCACUCAUGGCAAAGUGUUGAUAAGCAUCUACGGUCUGGUCGACACUAGCUCCAACUACAAUGGAUACUCAACACGCAACAUCAUCGAUCUGGGCCUUGGAAAUGCUCCAGAGAUCAAAGUCAACUUUGAUCAUAUAUUCCCAAUCAUUGAGAAUAUUGCGCUGAGCAAUGGAACCAUCACGGUGUAUGGUCGUAACUUUGGACUUGAUCCAACACUGGUCCAAGGAUUCAUCAACUACACUUCGGGCGGAGUACCCUUCUCCACACCCAAAGCAUCGUUCCACACUGGAAUCAUGAUGGUCUUCCCCUUCCAACCUACAAACACAACGAUGGCAUUGUUCAUCCAGGUCAGUCAGACGACUGUAAUGUCCAAUCAGUACUACUUUAACGUUGGCAGCCCACCAGUGACACCCACGCCAACUCCACCCCUCACAUUAACACCAACACCUGGAACUCCCAACACCACAAUCACAUGCCCCGAUGGAUGCUCCAAUGGAGGCGUGUGCUCCCCCACUGUUGGUUGUGUCUGUACCCCAUCUUGGUAUGGUGAACGAUGUGAGUCACAGACCAUCCCAACCUCCCCAACGGUCCUACCAAACACACCAACGACUGUCUUCACCUUUAAUGGUACUGCCGGACUACUCAUGGGAGAUAUCAAUGUGGUCAAGGUGCGUGAGCUUGACAAUGGUGGCGCUGAGGUUGUAACCCAUGAUCUCACUCAAUGGAACAUGUCGAUGUCAUCACCAUUGUUGACAGAGUAUCGCACACUGUUUGCCAAUGACACUGGAGCAAUCAAGGUCUCCAUUCUCUGGUUUAACGUGUCAAAGGACAUCACAUUCGCUGGCGACAAUAUAACAAUGCCCGAAUCCACCAUCAAGUAUACAAUCGAGGUUGAGCGCUACACAUUCAAGUCCAAGUUGAACUCGAUGCAGGUGAUCAUGGCGGCGGCCAUCAACACCACAGACCUCAGCUCAUGCUCCACUCAUGAGUAUGGCUAUGUCGAGGGCGCCACCAAGCCCAGUGUGUACUGGAUGCGUGUCAAGGUUGCCAAGUUCAGUCUGUACGGACGAUUCAUUCAGAAGGCCCUGGUCGAUGGCAGAGUGGCAGUGGUGACCAACACAUUGUUCAAUGAUUCAUUGCAGGUGCCAGACUCACACAUCUCGCAGACAAUGAUCGCCAUCAAUUCUCAACACUUUGACAAGAACGUCAUCAUGGACCCAGACUUCCAUUUGCUCAUUGAUACAACUGAUGCCAAGGACUCAAGAUCAGAUCGUACAUGUCCAGGUGGAAAUGGUACCAAACUCUCUGCCUUGGCCAUUGCUGGUAUAGUUGUAUUGUGUGUUGCCUUUGUUGCCGCUAUCGUUGUAGCAGUGUGGAUGAGAAGAAGAGUACAAAAGAGACACCGAAUAGAAGUGAACAGACUUGAAAAGAGGAUGUCUGAGCUCAAAGAGAAAAAAUAA